GAUUGUGGGUCUACUUCUUCAAUGGUUGAGUCAUGAGUGACACCAUAACUUCAAUAAUCAAACUCACUGACACAAGUCCACCUAGCCACAACAUUGCCUAAACUUAACUCGAAAGCAAAAAUCAAGACACACACCCAAAAGCACAAAAAAAAUUAACCAUUCUUGUUCUUUUCGCAAAGUUUUAUACAUAUAGACCCCUAUAUAUAACACAUUGAUUUGUCAAAUAUUUUUAAAAUUUUCCUUUUAUAUACAUUUACUAGCUAGUACUACUAUGGAUAGUCUACAACCCAUAAAUAUUUUACCAAUAUAUGGCUCAAAUGAUAUUAGGAGUCAAAUUGGAUUGACUUGGCAAAUGUUAAAAGCACCAUUAGUUGUGCCAAUUUUGCAAUUAAUGGUAAUAAUGUGCCUAGCCAUGUCAAUAAUGCUAUUUAUUGAAAGGGUGUAUAUGGGCAUAGUUAUUCUUUUUUUGAAGAUUUUUGGUAGAAAACCUAGCAAAUCAUACAAAUGGGAGGCUAUGAAGGAUGAUAUUGAGCUUGGUAACUCUACUUAUCCUAUGGUUCUUGUUCAAAUUCCAAUGUACAAUGAAAAAGAGGUUUAUCAACUGUCCAUUGGUGCUGCAUGUGGGCUUUCAUGGCCGUCGGAUCGAAUCAUAAUUCAAGUGUUAGAUGACUCAACAGAUCCAACCAUUAAGAGUUUGGUGGAAGUAGAAUGCGAAAGAUGGGGAAGCAAAGGCAUAAAUAUAAAGUAUGAGAUUAGAGGGAACAGAAAAGGGUACAAGGCAGGAGCACUUAAAGAAGGAAUGAAGCAUAGCUAUGUCAAACAAUGUGACUGUGUGGCUAUUUUUGAUGCUGAUUUCCAACCUGAGCCUGAUUUUCUCUGGCGAACCAUACCAUUUCUUCUCCAUAAUCCACAGAUUGCUCUUGUUCAAGCUCGCUGGAAAUUUGUAAAUGCAGAUGAAUGUUUAAUGACAAGAAUGCAAGAAAUGUCACUGGAUUACCAUUUCACGGUGGAGCAAGAAGUUGGAUCUUCAACCUAUGCCUUCUUUGGUUUCAAUGGAACGGCUGGUGUUUGGAGAAUUUCAGCACUGAAUGAAGCAGGAGGGUGGAAGGAUAGAACAACCGUGGAAGACAUGGAUUUGGCAGUCAGGGCCACUCUCAAGGGCUGGAAAUUUGUUUACAUUUCUGACCUCAAGGUUAAAAAUGAAUUACCAAGUACCUUCAAAGCAUACAGAUACCAACAACAUAGAUGGUCUUGCGGCCCUGCAAAUCUCUUCAAGAAAAUGGCAAUGGAAAUAUAUAGGAACAAGAAAGUAUCAUUACUGAAGAAAUUGUAUGUGAUCUACAGUUUCUUCUUCGUUCGAAAGAUCGUAGCUCAUAUCGUUACGUUCGUAUUCUACUGUCUUGUGUUGCCUGCAACUGUAUUGGUUCCUGAAGUAGAAGUUCCCAAGUGGGGAUCUGUUUAUAUUCCUUCAACUAUUACUAUUCUUAAUGCUGUUGGAACUCCAAGAUCACUUCACCUAGUGGUAUUUUGGGUUCUAUUUGAGAAUGUAAUGUCAUUGCAUAGAACAAAGGCAACAUUUAUUGGAUUGCUUGAAGUAGGAAGAGUGAAUGAAUGGGUUGUCACUGAAAAACUUGGAGAUGCUCUCAAGACUAAAUCAACUGCUAAAUCUCUUAAGACACUUCCAAUUAAAUUUGGUGAAAGACUUCAUUUGUUAGAGCUUGGAGUUGGAGGGUAUCUUUUGUUUUGUGGGUGCUAUGAUUAUGCCUUUGGAAAGAAUGGCUACUUCAUAUACCUCUUUGCCCAAUCUAUGGCCUUUUUCAUUGCAGGAAUUGGCUAUGUUGGCACUUUUGUGCCCAAUUCUUAACAAAAAUGAUUUCUCAUUGCACCAAGAAAAGCAUAUCCAUAAGGUUACAUAUAUUGAAAGCAAUUUUUUUUUUUUUUGUAAUUGUUGCAUAAGAGAAAUUCUUUAGCAUUGAACAUAAGAGAAUUUAUAUCUACAAGAAAUAGUUAUUUAUAUGACAUAUAUAGUUUGUAUUUGAAGUAGAAAAUUGAAAGAAGCUGCAAACUAGUGGGAGGUAGCAUAUGGGAUUGAUGGCCCCAUGUAAUUGAUGUAGAUUUUUUGAAUUGUAUGUGUUGUUUUAAAAAUAAUGCUCAAAUAAGAAAAUUAUUAUUAUACA